AUGGAAACUAGCAUCUUUUCACAAGUGGAUAUUGAUGCUGAUGAAAUAAGUCAUUUGGACGAAGAUAAUUUAAUCGGCCAUGGUUCUCAUGGAAAGGUUUAUCGAAUCACGCUGAAGAAAAACAGGAUGGUUUGUGAAGCAAUUAGAGAAAGGAAUGCUAAGUACGAGGAAGCAUUAGAGAGAUUUGAGUCAGUUUUGGGAACAAAGCAGGAGCCCGAUGAAGCAGCAGUGGCAAGUUAUAAUGUUGGUUGUUGUUACUCUAAGCUAAACCAGUUAUCCCUCUAUAUAUGUAGAUUAAAUCCCUCAACCACAUUUUUCAAUGAUUAG